CUUGAAGCUAUGUUUGACGCAUCUGUAAAUGAAGAAACAAGUGGGCCAUGUGACACGGUUGGAUGGCCCGUCGCCAACACUGGGUUUGUCGGUCACCACGACUUCCGACUCGUAGGCUCGGGUAGGAGUGUUUGUAGAGUGUUGCUAAUAAUGGCAAGGAUCACUGACGAUGCCGACAAUGAUGCCGGCGAAAUGUCUGGGAAUGCACUAAGUCAACGGUCCGAAUCUGGAAAUGAUCAGACAAGUCGACUUGUCGGACUGAUCGCCGUUGCAUCGGUAGACCGAGCUCCGAUUCCGGGCUCCCCGAGAAAUGGCCAGCUCUUUCGGGGACAAGACCGGAUCGGACCAAGCCAGUCUUGGUCGUUUCCUUCUCAUCCGGUCAACGUGUCAGUCUCUUUGACGGGAGCGCAGAAACUGGCUUCUUAUUGA